UCGCGCGGGGCCUGCUCGGCGCUCGCCUGGCCGGCCUGCGUACGGCGCGUCGCGCUCCGGGGCUCCGGCGCCGCCAUCAUGUCGACGGCUAUGAACUUCGGUUCCAAGAGCUUCCAGCCGCGGCCCCCGGACAAGGGCAGCUUCCCGCUGGACCACUUCGGUGAGUGUAAGCGCUUCAAGGAGGCGUUCAUGAAGUGCCUGCGUGAGAAUAACUCUGAAAACGCUUUGUGCAGAAAGGAGUCCAAGGAGUACCUGGAAUGCAGGAUGGAGAGGCAACUGAUGGCACAAGAACCACUGGAAAAACUGGGAUUUGGAGAUUUGAUAGAUGGAAAAUCAGAGACAAAAACUAAGUUUUGAUGGGAAGAAGACUGCUGGGCUCUGUCGGGGAUCAUCUGGGACAGAGUGGUGGCACUAACUUUGACACCCUGAUGGUGUCCCUCCGAGGUGGUGUGACUGACAGAGGGGCGCCCAGGUGCCCUGGAAUCGUCUCAUGAAAUCAGAAUAGACACACCUCCUUGGUGGGCACACGACUGGGGGCGUGGCUCAUGCUCUGAAACCCCCAGAUUAGUUUGAAAAUUAUCCUUCUUUUUAGAUUCUCAUUUCCUCCCAAGUGUGUUAAGUUUGAUCUUUAAAUCCUUGUGACGGAGUCCCUGGGAGGCCCAUGACGAACAGGAGGGGAGAGUGCUGAGGAAGAUCUCAUUAGUGAGUGGACAGCUCGGGUCACCUGCGAAAUGGUGGCUUUAUAUUAUUAUACUCUGAACAUAUUUUCAGUACCAGCAUGCUAAAUGUUCAUGAAUUUUAGCCUGUUAUGUAGACAGAUGUCAUCAGAAAACUAUUCCCUAGCAAAAUGGUUUUCUUUCCUUUUUUUUCCCUUAACUAGAAAGUAAGAAAUGGUCUGGCUUUUGACAUGUUUGACUUCUCGAUCUUUUUCUGGCAAUGCCUGAACACCACGUAUCUUUCUAAUCACAGGGUCAUGUUCUGAUUUGUAUCAGACUGUGUUUAUAAAACUACGUGUUUACUUUCAAUAACUCAUUUGUUGUAGCUCUGAAGAACAGAAUGCCAGUGCAUUUGCAGUUGGACUUACA